CACCCGCUGGUCUCUUUCUUGCUGCUUUCAAGGGUCCGUGUCGAGAUGCGUGACGGCUACCAGCAAUCCCGGCUCCUCUACGAGCUCUGCGCCCUCCUCCUCGCCGCCCUUCCCCUCUCCCCGCCCGCUCCGGAGGCCGGCGUGCCGGCGCCUGGGUCCCGCGCCGCGAGGCGAGCCCAGGUGUCGCCGGCGGGGUUCGUGGCGUUCCUCCUCGGGGCGUCGCUGGCGAUGAUUCUUUGUGGGUCCGUGACUUUCUUGAUCGGGUUCUUGCUGAUGCCCUUGGUGAUCGGUUUCUUGAUGCUACUAUAUGUCGUGGGCAUCUUCUCCAAUUUGUCCGGCUUGUGGAGGGCGAUCCAUUGUCCGAGAUCCUCCUCGAGCCCUAAGGAAGUAUCAGAUCCUCUCUUUUCCAAGCUUCCGACUAUUUGAACAGUGUGUGGAAACAGAUUACAUCUCCUGUAGUUGUUGCCAGAUGCGGCAAGUUUUUGCUGGCCAAGAAUACCACUCGAAAUCAAUUCUAGAAUUUGCUCAUCGGGCCAGCUUACUGUCCCUUCUCUUCCCCCCCCCCCCCCCCCCCACCCUUCAAUACCGUGGAUCUGUAUUGGUCUUUACACUCCACCCGUUCAGUAAAGAUGGCAAGAAACCAUAUGCGAUGGUUUUGUCCUGUUCAUGUGUCUUGCUCAGCAUUUAUUGAGCAGAUUACAUGUACCGACUAUCUCAUGUUUUAGUAAGGUCAUCAUCUCAAUUGCCGAACCCGAACGAAAAGUUUUAAGAGGUUCCGGAUGAGAUGCCACUACUAUCUAUAUCUCUGUGAUAACAUGAGAAGGUGCCAACGAGCGGAAGACAUGGCACAUAAGACGCUCUCGGAUAAUGGGAAAUUUGUUGGCUCUUCCAAUAAUUUGGUGAGGCAGGUCACUAUGAUGCUUUUCAUUUUUUUGCAAAACAAUUUGGUGACAGAAAUGGUAUCGA